AUGGAAGAUAAAGAUGCAGUUGGAAAGGGUCUCACAGAAAUGGCUCUGUUGGGAAUGCUUGAUCAAUAUAUUCUUGGAGGAGUUAUUGAAAUAACUCAGACCCAAGUGAAUGUUGAUAACAACAAAAACAAAGUUGUUUUUACAAUAACUGAUAUGAGUCUCCAAAGGGAAUUACCUUUGUUAUCUUCGUCUAGCUUGAAAGUUGAAAUGACCCAAAACUCACAAUAUUUUGAGUUUGAUAAGUUUAUAUGGAAAGCUGAAAUUCCAAGUCUUAUUGAAAUCACAGCUGGCCAAGCAGGGUGGUACUCUGAUGGUUGUGGUAAGUGUACAAAAAGUGUUUCUCUUCAAGAUGGAAAGCUGAAGUGUUAUGCAAAUCACGUAACAGCUGAACCGGUCCCAAGGUACAAGCUUGAAGUAUUGGCUAUAGAUGGGAAAUUCAAGGCCAGGUUUAUCUUUUGGGACAACGACUGUGCCGGUGAAGAUAAUCCCCUAGAAUUCCCUUAUGAACUUGAUGCAAUAUUGACAAAAGAGUUGGCCAUUAGAGGUGUUUUUCAUCCAAAAUAUGGCAAACUUUCUGUUAUUGGCUUCAAAGACGAUGAAGAAUCACAUUUGCAGUUGACCAACACGGAGAUAAAAUAUUUGACACUUAUUGAGAUUGAGAAUUUGUUACAAUCAAAUCGAAAAAGUUGGCAUAAAUUUAAGGCUAUGCCUUAUCUAGAUUCAUAUGUCACAAGAAACGUUGACAACAAAUUGAUUCAUGAUGAACGUGAUUACAAUGCUGAUACUGAAAGACAAAAUUUCCAUGAGCUUUUUUGUGCCCUUACAGGACAAGAGAAAGAGUAUCUAAGUUUCGAUUCAAUUGAUAGAACAAAUACAAGUUAUAGUGAAGCGUAUGAAGUGCUAACUCUAGAAUUUCUUAGUAAACUGAGAACAUCAUGUCUACCAAAUCAUAAGAUCAAAUUGAAGGUCGGUACCCCUAUUAUGGUAAUGAGAAAUUUGGACCAGUUUGAAGGGUUGUGCAAUGGAACAUGA